CUUAACCCUCCCCAAGUGUUUUAACAUGCAAAGUUUGCCAGAGAAACUAAAAAAAGUGUCCAUCAUCGAUGAUACGGAGGAAGCAUACUACAAGCACAAGGGUUAUGAUGCUUCCCUUUACCAAACCUUGGCAGAUACCUUUGAUGAAAGUGAAGAAACAGAACUAGGUGUUGUUCCUGGAGAAAGCUGCAAUGAAAACAAUAAUGUUGUGCCAACAGUAGAAAUUCAUGAAACUGUCCCUGAUGAGCAGACAUCAGCAGAUCCUUUCAACAGUAGAAGCACGGGCUAUAUUGAGCACAUCACAACAGAACAAGGUGGUGUUUCACAGAUUUAUAAAGAAUAUAAUUCACUCAAGGAAAUGCCAGGCAAUAUUAAUGAUGUGAAUCAGAGGCUGAAAUAUCACUGUAGUAUGCAGUCCCCUCCUAAAGGUCUAAUGAAGGCUGAGCACUUACAAAUCUCACUAUGCAAAUGCUCAAAAGAAUUGCUUGCGAAUUUGAAAGAGUCAAUGAACCUACUGCACCUUGCCAUUAAGGAUUGCUCUCAGCAUCAUGUCAAAAAGUUACCCACAAAUUUGAAUGAGUUAGCCAAUCUUAAGACACUUUCUAUUCGGUGUACUCACAUCGAGUCCCUUCCUAGCUUCGCAGGACUUUCCAGCCUUUUAAAAUUAUACAUUGGAGGUGUCAGCACUUCUUCCCCAAGGCUUGAAAAGUUGCCUGCAGAUUUGGAUAAUUUGGACAAAUUAUUGGCUAUUGACAUUCAUGAUACCAAAAUCAAGUGUCUUCCUUGGAGCAUCAAGAAUCUUCAGAAGUUCCGAUUUUUAUUCUUGCCGCUGGAUUUUAGACUCGAAACAUUGCCAUGUCAAUUGUUUGAGUCUGUCAUAAUUACUGUAGAGUAUAUGCACAUUCGAAAAACCUGGAAAGAACUCAAAACUGAGAUGGGGCUAUUAUCAUGUCGUGGUGUUGGAGUUAAUGAAGCUCAGAAUUUUUCAACCAUAUCUUCUGCUGGUUAUCUCCGAUUGAAGGAGGAUCCAAGGUUAUGGAUCAUGAAAAACUAUGAUUUAUGCGUGUCGGUGCAAAGCUUGGAGUUAGAAUUGUCUGAUGACGUGGUGAAGAUAGGAGAUUCCAUUGAAGAGCUGCGGAAGCUCACCUAUCUCUAUAUCUCUGGUAAUAAUUACCUCAACUUGAAGCAUCUCCCUGACACGAGCACUACGCUAAGACACCUUUCUUUUCAAAAUUGUAACAUUGAAUCCCUUUCUGAUAGCCUUGGAAAGCUAUCCAACUUGGAAUCCUUAUGCCUAGAUUUGCAGAACACGAGCUUGCCAAAAAAUCUGGAUUUGUUAAUCAACCUUAGACACCUCUCUUUGCAGUAUGGCCAGGAACAAUCUGCUUUUGAUGGCUUGGAGAAGUUGUCCAACUUGAAAGCCUUGGAUCUCUUUCAAUGUGAUAUUGAAUCAUUUCCAGAAAAUUUGCAUCUUAAUAAACUGAAGCUUUCUAAUUGCAACUUCAGUUUACUGCCUUUAAGCCUAUGCCACCUGGAAAUCUUGCACAGCAAUGAUAAAUGCAAUAAUGGACCAAAAUGUGCUGUAUCCUCAUUAAGUUUGAAUCAACUAGUUUUCCUGGAGACACUCUUUAUUACAUGCUCCUCCAUGGAAAUUCUCCAUGACAUAGGAAGCCUUCAAAAUUUGCAGGAAUUGCAACUCAAAGACUGCUUGGGCCUGAAAGCAUUGCCGGAAAAUUUGGAUAAAUUGAUCAGAUUGCGCAGUCUAGAUAUUAGCGGUACAAAAAUCGAGUCUCUUCCUGAUAGCAUCUCAAAGCUACUCAAUUUGCAGCAGAUAGUUCUUCCCAAGUGUUUCAAACAAGAUUUAUCUCAUAAGUUUUCAGGAAUAGGGUGCACUAAGGUUUCCAUUGAUGACACAGAUGGAGUUUCUUCAAAGGACAUGAGCUCUGAUGAUGAUGAUUUUGAAGCGUUUGUGGAAAGCAACAAUGAUGAUGGUUUUGAGGCCUUAGUGGAAAGCAACAAUAAACCUGCAGAAUCAUACUCUAGUUUACAUGUAGAAGAAUCUUCUGUUGAGGAUCGCGAACUUGCUCUGCAGGAUAUACAGAUGGGUAACAUGAUAGCUGUGGAAAAUCAACUAAUGAUUGCACCAAAAGGCUUGCACAUAUCUUCAAGUGACAAGGGAAGCUUUAGCAAUGGUGGAAACACCCUUCCUGCUUCAGAGAGAGAGCAGAACAGUGAUUUCCAAAGUCAUAAUGCCAAAGAUAAGAGGAAAAAGAAAAAAAUUCCUUUGGAAGCUAUUCAAGAACUGAUACCUAAAAGAAUGACGUUGGUUGAUGCUGCAAUGACACUUGGUGUCUCGAGGUCUACAAUGAAGCGCACACUGAAAGAGUACGAUAUAACAUGGCCAUCAAGCAGAACAGGGAAACAGCGUGAUUCAAAGAAGAGGAAACAGAACACUGAAACACCUAGUGGAAGUAAUCUCGCUGCAACACUGGAAACUUUUGAAGAGCCCUCAACGGAAACUGAAAGCCACAUUGAUAUCCAGCAACAUGAACAAGGGCAUUUGAAUCCUGCUCUUCAUUCAACUAAAGGUAAUUACGCUGCAACACUAGAAACUUUCGAAGAGCCCCUAAUGGUGAUUGAAAGCCAUAUGGAUACCCAGCAACAAGCUCAAGGGCAUUUGGAGGGCACUCUUCAUUCAACUGAAAGUAAUCGCGCUGCAACACUAGAAGAAACUUUCGAUCCAAUGGUAAUUGAAAGCCAUAUGGAUAUCCAGCAACAAGUCCAAGGGCAUUUGGAAGGCACUCUUCAUUCAACUGAAAGUUCAGGCACUAUUGUUGUAAAAGCCACUUACAAGGAGCUUUAAGUGGGAAUUGUUUUCUCUUUGAGUUUACCUAUUAAUCAACUAAUUGAAGAAAUAGGCAUGAAGUUCCAACUUGAGGUGAACAAAUACAGAUUGCUUUAUCAAGACGAAGAUAAAGAGUGGAUGAUGCUGACUAGUGUAGAAGAUUUGAAGUACGCUUCAAAUGUUGACAAAUUUUGACUCAUGUUAUUAAAUGCUAUUGUUUAUUUUUUUUCCCCCUUAAAAAAUAAUAGAUGUUGCUUGUUUUUAUGAAAUAUUCGGGAUACUCCAUAUU